CUCGUCAAUGCCCAGAUGCUCUUCUCGGUCGUCAAGGUAGUCGCUCUUUUUACUUUCCUUCGCAGCACAGACAUACUCACCACAGUCGCUCUCUUUUGCGCUCGUUGUUCUUCAAUUCUUUGCGCGUAUCGCAUACUCUUUCAUUCUUCGAUUCCUAGAGACCACUACUGAACAUACACUGCAACGAUGAAGGUCUCUACAACAGCGAUCACAGCACUUGCAGCUGCGUCUCAAGCUGCCGCAUCUUGGACCGAUUGGGUCGACCCCGAUGCUACGGUCACCAGCACCGUGACGCAAACCCACACUUACUGCCCUUGCAAUGGCGAAGUUUCAUACACACCAGUAGACCCUGACUACACCGACGUGGUUGUUUAUACCACAGAAACGGGCACUGACUACACCGACGUGGUGGUCUACACGACGGAAUCAGGUGAAGCUGUUGCUCCUGCUGCUGCCACUACACCUGCUGGCACCACAAUCACCAAGGCUGGCGCCAUAGUGGUCGUUUUCGAGACCGAAGGGUCCACCAGUACCAAGACAGGCAUGGCUAUCGAGUUGAUCAUUGCUCCUACUGGAACAGAGACCGAGACCUCAUAUGUCACCAAGACGGUCUGGACCGGAGCGCAGCCCACCAACGACCUGGAAUGGGUCGAUUGGGACGACUCCAGCGAUGACGACGGAGCCACGUUGACGAGGACACACACGCUCGUCACUACGCUCUAUGAAGCCGUUGAUGCUUUCCCAACAGAGACCGACACUGAGUCAUGGGCUGAUUGGGCUGCCACGACCAACACCUUCACUGUCACAACAGAAACCAGUGUUACCCUCUAUCCCAGCUCAAGCGGCAAUGCUGUUGGUCCCAUCGGAGCUUCCAUGAACUCUUCAACCUCCUCGUCUGCAAGUGUUGCGCCCGUCUUUGCCAACAGCACCAGCACAAGCUCCAGCAGCACCAGUGUUCUGGCCCCAGUCUCGGCGAAUUCCUCCAUGACUUCGUCUUCCAGCUCUUCGUCCACUUCUUCAUCCACCACUACCUCGUCUACCUCAACAGCUACCACAGUCGCCGCUGGCGAAACUAUAGAGAUCAUAGUCACUAUAGAUAGCACCAAGAAGAACAAGCGCGACACAUACUACGUUGGCAUCAGCGACGACAAUGUCGCUGUAUUGGGAAGCCUGGCUAAUGUGGCUACCUUCAUUACUGGCGACGACGGUACUCUCCUCUAUGGCGCUGACUACCUCGGCUCUAACCCUACCUCUGACGACGCGGCUGCAUACCUUGAGGUCUUCACCAGCAUACCCACCGACUCCGUCUGGCUGAUGGACGCCUCUGGUAUGCUCACCCUCUCUGAACGCCAAUUCUGUGUCCUGUCUUCCUUGACACUCGAGACUGUUGAUGCCGCUGGUGACAACUGUGAUGGAACUCUCGUGACCUUCACUGCCGUGUCUGCCACCACCUCAACCUCAACAAGUUCGUCGACCACUACCUCGACCACCUCGUCGUCUUCGUCUAGCAGUACCAGUGUCCUGGCACCUGUGUCUGCGACCACAACGAGCACAACGAGCACCACGAGUUCCAAGACUUCUUCCAGCUCUUCGUCCACUACUUCAUCUACCUCCACCACGAGUUCCAAGACUUCUUCGUCCACUACUUCAUCCACUUCCACCUCCACCACUACCACUACCACCACAACUACCUCUUCUGGAAGUCUGCCGACUACCACUGACAAUGUCACUGGUGAUGACUAUGAGACUGGUAUCCUGUUCGCGCACAAUGUUCACCGUGCCAACCACUCUGCCUCGGAUCUGACGUGGAACGAUGACAUGGCAACCUAUGCUGCCGAAACUGCUGCCACCUGCAACUACCAGCACAACCUAACCGCCGGUGGUGGUAACUAUGGUCAGAACAUUGGUGCUGGCUACACAAGCACUCACGUACCAAUCAUGAUUGGUAACGACAUGUACAACGCUGAAAUGCCCAACUACCCAACGCCCUACGGCGAGGACAACCCUGAUACCAGCGACUUCAGCAACUGGGGUCAUUUCUCGCAGAUCGUCUGGAAAGCCACCACCGGCGUUGGCUGCGCUACGCAGUACUGUGACACUCUGGAAGGUGCAACCUUCACCAACUACUUCACUGUUUGCAACUACUAUCCUGCAGGCAACGUUGGCGGCGAAUAUUCUAACGUUGGUGCACCACUUGGCGAGGACGUGGUUGUCAUCGAGGUUGACGAUUAGAUAACUGAACUGGUGGCUUGGAGCAAAUUAUCUUGGAAGAUACCCUCAAAACAACCCGGCGUUGUUAUGGCAAUAUUAAUCACAUGGAACGUCUAGCAUUGCAUUGUACAGUCUGCAAUGAUUGAGUUGCAGAAGUCAGACUUGCAUUUCAGAUCAGACAUUCUCAGCUAAUGAGUGGGCGCAUUCAUUCUAUCGGAGUCAGUUAUCGAUUGCCAGUGGCAGUCGACUUGGAGGAUGGUCAUGCGUAAAGCACGACCUUGAAUAGUUUGUAAAUAAGUAGCUUACGACGAUUGUACCAAAUGUUGAAAAACUAUCUGUUGAA